ACGUUAUAUAGAGGAGCAUUGAAUAGUUAUUUUAUAUUUUUAUUAUUUUCUUUCACAGAAAGUUAAAUAUGUGGAAAGUUACCAGUGUAGUCGUCUGUAUUGUGGUUCUGUCUUUAAAGGCUAGUAGCUCGACCAUCCAACUACCAGACUGUCCAAAAAUCAUCACUCGUGCUGAAUGGCAAGCAAGACCUACUCGUGGACAAUCAGCUUUACCUGGACCUGUUCAAUAUGUUUUUAUACAUCAUGGUGCCAGUGGUGACUGUUUUACACCAGAUCAAUGUGCAGCUACUGUUAGAAGUUAUCAAAAUUACCAUAUGGAUUCACACAAAUGGGAUGAUAUAGGUUAUAGCUUUCUGGUUGGUGAAGAUGGGAAUGCUUACGAGGGUCGUGGAUGGGACCGAGUUGGAGCACAUACUCUGGGUUACAACACCGUUGGUCUAGGUUUUUGCAUGAUUGGAAAUUUUAUGCAACGUCUUCCAAACCAAGCUGCUCUAAAUACCUUAAAACAAUUGAUUGCUUGUGGAGUACAGAAUGGUAAAAUACAAAGUAACUACACACUACGUGGACACAGAGAUAUGGGAAGCACCGCUUGUCCAGGGACCACAUUUUAUAAUCUAAUUCAAACCUGGCCCCAUUACACCUAAUUGCUAGGCUAAAGCCUAGUUCACAACCCGCCGUGCGUGCUACUACGGGCAGUCUACGGGAAAUUCUUUUUUUUAGUAUACUCAUGUGUAAGACUUACGCAUUGCUGGCGUGUGUUCGGCAUCGUAGAAGAUCACAGACUGGCCGUAGAGACUUUUGGUCCUGCACAUGUAAAGUUUUCACCCGGUUUCUUGCGGUUGGUCUGCGAGCUACCCAACCUACGACCCGUGCGUGUCCAAACACGUACGGCGGAUUGUGAGCUACGCUUUAAAUAACACUACUUUAUCAGGUAUAAUAAAAUAUUUUCACACUA